UUGGCUUGAGUUAAUAAAAUAACACUGGACCACGAUGAAUAUGUGAUGUCACUGUGUCUGUAUCGAGGACUUAACUUAAGCACCUUGCAGUUGGCAGUGGGGAAUUUCUCAGCCGCGCCGAUCCACAUUAGACGCGGUCAGUUUUUCUCGGAUAGCACUGCUCUAUUGCUGUCCGUCAAUGGCGAAUAAUUUUCAAUGGAUUUAUUUUUUUACUGCUUUAUUUUUGCAAUUUUGCCAGCAAACAAGGAGUGCUGAUAUAAAUGUGAUGUCACCGCAAGGAAAGCCGCGCAUUACAUUACAUGCCUUGGCUGCCCAGUUUGGUAUGGCACUUCCGGACAGCGGCGUUAUCGGUUACGUUGUACGAUCCAAUCCUAUAACAGCCUGCUCGCCACUGGACACCGCCACGCCUACGUCAGAUUUCACGGACUGGUGGAGUUCGCGGAUUCUACUGGCUCAACAAAGCUCGGAUUGUGAUUUCGGUGAUCAAAUAUAUCGUGCGCAGACUGCGGGAUACAAAGCCGUGAUAAUUUUUAAUAACGCGUCGGAUGAGCUAAUCGUAAUGCGAUCUCAGACAGUUCCUACCAACAUUACCAUUCCAUCGGUAUUCCUUGGCCAUAUGGAUGGAAUAUUAUUAUGGGAAAAAUACUCCUCCAGUAGUGGCUAUUACGUUCUUAUGAGUCCCGAUCAGCCCAGACUGGGCACCGCCCUGGAAAUGACGCUAAUCCUUCUGCCGGUGUCGGUUGUGAUUAUUCCCUUCUUAGCUGCUGUUAUUUUGACCACUAUUUCUGGGAAGUGUCCUUUAAUAUGGUCGGUAGUCCGGCAGACAUAUCGCAGAAAGCGAAUGGUCACUCAACUUCCGGAAAGGAAACUGGAUGAGAAGAAAUCAAAUCUUCCCGUGCAGAAUAAUCAGUGCUAUAUAUGCUUGGAAACAUAUCGGCACGGCGAGAAAGUGCGCACAAUAAUUCCCUGUGGACACGAGUUUCACAGCGCAUGUGUCGAUCCCUGGCUCUUGCGGGAUCACUUAGUCUGUCCUGUUUGUCGGCGCGAAAUAUAUCAGGCCAACAAGCCGACGAGCAGUGGUGGUCAACCGGUAGUCAGUCCGGUGCCACGUCCCGAUCGAGCACCGAUAUUCACCGUGAAUAUCCGGCAAUGGAUACCGAGGAGAUUUCACUUUCCACGUGCUGCUGCUCGUCCCGAUGCUCAUCAAGAAAGCACCGUCUCAUCCACUGACGUCCAUAAUGAAUCGCCAGGAUUUACCCGACUUCGGUGUAUACUUGCGUCAGCAGAGUUUUUAUACUGUUUUGAUAUGAAUGCUGGGGAAAAACUCUGCGCUAUCAUGUAUGCUCAAAAUUUAGCACUCUUUGACAUCUUUCUUUGUUUUCUAUUUGUACAUGUUAUGCCCUCCGAUGUAUCCAUGCCAAAUUUUCCAGCCAGUUUAACUGUGAUUGGAGCAGAUGGGACAGCCAACUAUACUAUUGCUCCCGAUUCGGCGCUCCUUGUGAAUUCGGUAAUUCCGGAUGAGGGGAUUUCAGGAUAUUUGAUAGCCGCUCGACCGAUUAACGGUUGCCAGCAUAUGUUGUCGCCUUCUUCCGAUGCGCUUAUUCUAAGGAGAGCGGAGAUCUUGCUGGUUCAGCGAGGUGGAUGUAACAUCAGUGAGAAAGUGUUGAAUGCUGCCGACGCCGGUUACAUUGCCCUGAUAAUAUUCAACGAAAAACCAUUAGGACGCCGUGUAGGAAUUGUGAAGCAGUCGUCCACAACGUACAAGAACAGCAGCGCUUUUAUAUUCAAUUACACAAACGCAUAUUCCAUACCGGUUGUGUUCGUGGAUUUUGCGGAUGGGAGCUUACUAUGGCGCACUUUUCAAUACUCGACGGGAUCGCAAAUUGUUAUUGCCUCGCGCAUUAACAGCACUACAGCAUUCUCUUCCGUUACCGUGACGGUCGAUCGCGGCUCAGAUAUUGCGAACGUAUUGUUGGGGUUUAUCCCAACCGUCAGCUAUGUCUGCAUCAUCGUCUUCCUGCUCUUGAUUAUCGUGACACGGAGAUUUCUUCACUGCUCCGUGUUUAUGUGCUACAAAAUGGCCACUCACAAUCGGAAAGUAGUGCCACAAUGUCAAGCAAGGGCACUGGAGAAUAGUAGCACCGGCAGCCCUGAAACGGCUUCCCGUUGUCCUAUUUGCCUGGAGAACUUCCGCCGGACCGAGCAUAUUCACACGAUUCUGCCCUGCCAACAUGUUUUCCAUCAACACUGUAUCGACCACUGGCUGCGCAGUGGCAAACUGGCUUGCCCUUUAUGCCGGCGACGCAUUACACUGGGUCGUAUACUGCAUCAAGUUUUAUGGGCGGACAAAGCAGCUGCCGCCAAGUCAUCCGUUUUUACCAUUCCUACUAGCCACAUCUCCUGCCCGUCCACCAGCAUCAAUCUAAGCUGUGGACCGACACUUCAUACGUCGUCAGAUUCUCCGGUGCGACCUUCUUAAUCUUCCGUCCAGUAUUGUGACGCAGUCCUUGUAUUCUGCAACACAGCAAUAUGUGUGCUACCGAAUUAUAUUGUUACUUACUAAUAAUUAUGGUAUUGACCGUAUUGUACAUCGUUGAGACGAAGCCGUAUCUGAUUGCUCAAUGUUUGGAUGUUGUGAUACUCAUUUAUGUGUUCCUGUUAGUUUCCGUCUCGUUGUUGUAUUUUAAUAGAUUCACUUUCUCUUGCU